AUUUAUCUGAAGACAAAGGUUUUAUAUUCCCCAUUUAGUUAAAGAAGAGACACAGUUUUGAAAAUCAACAGAGCAAAGGGCAACAAGAAUCCUGGUGAAGAUUAUAUUAAUGUCUGAGUUGCCUCUCACAUCGUCUGCAAAGAGUUUAACUCAGUUUAACCUGGCUUUGAUUGGUUAACAACCUACCCCAUUGGUCUGCUACCUACAACAACAUGACUGUUGAGAAUACAACAAAUUAUAUUAAUUUUGAAUAUGACUAUGAAUAUGAAGAUCAACUGUGUCACAAAGAAACAGUGCAGAAAGUUGGAUCCAUUCUCAUUCCACUGUUUUUCACACUAGUGGUUGUGCUGAGCUGCUUCGGUAACAUCCUUGUUCUGGUUAUUUUAGCACUCUACGAGAGUCUCAAAUCUCUGACCAAUGUUUUCAUCCUCAAUUUAGCUCUGUCAGAUCUACUGUUCACUUUUGGACUUCCAUUCUGGGCAUCUUACUACAUUUGGGGCUGGACAUUUGGAGAAAUUGGCUGCAAAACCGUAAAAUUCCUGUUCUAUCUUGGGUUUUACAGCAGUGUGUUCUUCUUAACUCUGAUGACUAUUCAGCGAUACAUGGCAGUUGUUCAUCCUCUGUCGGACUGGGAGAAAUGCAGAGGGUUUUCAAUCGCCCCCAUUAUCAUGUGGAUCCUGAGUGGAUUGGCUGCACUGCUGGGCUCACUUCGUAGCAAAGUCCUACAAGAACAAUCAAGUAACAGCACAUAUUGUGAAUACGACAGUACUGAAGUGAAACAUGCCAUUAUUUAUUUUCAAAAUGUUUUUUUCUUUAUUGCAUUUGUGAUUAUGGGUUUUUGCUAUACUAGAAUGCUUCAGACGAUAACAAAAGCACGUACGAAUAAGAAACACAAGACAGUUAGACUAAUUUUCUGUAUUGCGCUGGUGUUUUUUGUUGGUUGGGCUCCAUUUAACAUUGUUAUAUUCCUAAGAUCUUUGACCGAUCAUGGUUUAUACCCUUUCAGAGAAUGUGAAAUAAGCAUUAACCUCGACUAUGCAUUUUAUGCUUGCCGACUGUUGGCUUUUUCACACUGUUGCUUAAACCCUGUGUUUUACGUUUUUGUUGGUGUAAAGUUCAGGAAUCAUUUGAAAAUGAUACUGCAGAGUAUUUUUCAGCAAAAAAAAAACUUCAAUUCCAACCAAAGCAGAUUGGCAAAAAUUCAUUCGCAGGGUUCACUGUACUGACAGAAAUCUCAAGUACUUUCUCCGAAUGCAACGAGCCAACCAUGAGUUCUAAAAUACUGUGUGUAAUUGAGAAUUAAGUUAUUUCAUUACUCUCUGGAAUACUUGAGUGUAAUUGGUCAAUCGUGACAUUCUGCAGUCGAAUAUUUUUGUAUUGCAACAGCUCAACUAUAUAACUGUUUGUUGUCCCAGGCAACCAAUUUUGUAUAGCUGUGCUAAUUUCACGUCUUUUGUACCUUCAUAGAAUAUAUACACUGUACAGUAUAUGAAUUGGAGAGGUCGAAAUGCUAAAUUGUAUAGCAGCUGUAGUCCUGUCUUAAAGUUAAAAGAGCCGAUCGCUUGUUUACUCUGGCUUGUAGACUCUAGUCAUGCACUAGCUGGACUAGCAUGACAAAUACUGUAGUUUUUUUGUUUUGUUUGUUUUUUUUACAUUAUUUGAGCUACAAACGCACCAUUUAUGAUACCGAUGUUGUCAAACUUUUUCCCCUGUUUUGAAAUGUUAUUUGAAUGUUGUUUGUUCAACAGUUUUAGAGAUUUUGGUCUGUCCCCAUUCAAUUAAAUGGGUGCUGUACUAGCAUGACUGGAAAUUGCUAGCUGGAGGCAUUUUCAAAAUGGCCGCAAAUUGAACUGACUUCCAAUAAAGGGACUUUUUCAAGCUGUCUCUUUCUUCUCACAUAAAAUUAUUUCAAUUCAAAAUGAUUUCAUUAUAUUUAUUUUAUUUAAUAAGCAUGCUAUUUUACAGUCAGCCGCUGGAAAUUUUAGCAAAAUAAACCCCUGCAGGAUGAUACUUGACCCCCCAUGAAAUCAUAGAAAAACAAAUAUUUUCUGUUAGUUUAUAAUGAAACUUCCACUUCACCUCACAGUUUCCAUUAUGAAAUAAACUUACAUUUUCACCAGAGUCAAAUCGUAAAACUGUAUUUCCACGAAACAACACUUAACACCAGCCAGAGCUCAUCAAUUAGUAGCAAGUUUUUUUCUUUCUUUUUUUUCUUAAACAGGAACAGGCUGUCUGUGAACGAAAUGGAAAGCGACCGACCACAGUUUUAGUUUCAAGUUUUAGUAUCAACAAAACCACAGUGUUCAGCUCUGUUGAUGUACAAGUCAAGUCAUCAAGUCAUUUUUAUUUGUUUCGUGCUUUUCACAUCACAUCAUUUCAAAGCAGCUUUACAGAAAAUCAUGCAUUAACAGAAAUGAAACUGUAAUAUCUAUAAAGUCUUAGAGUCAU